AACGUGAGAACUCUAUGGCUCAGAAGGAGAUUGUGGAUCUUCAGAAACAGGUCACAGUUCUUCUCAAGGAGUGUUGUGAUAUACAACUUCGGUGCGGGUCUACUGGGCAUGAUGAUGCUGAUGAUUGCACAGCAACUGUUGCUGUUGAGAUGGAUGUGCAGUCUGAUGCUGAAAAAGUAAUUUCAGAACGCCUUAUGAAGAGAGAAAUUAAAGAACUGAGGCGCCAGAGAGAUUUUGCACAAUCUCAAGUGGAUGAGUUGCAGAAAAAACUUCAAGAGGACCAACGGCUUCAAGCACAUUGGAAUCAACACCACGUCCAUCGGAGCAACUUGGAGCUCUAGAAGUAUUGCAAAAGGAAAGUCAUAGUCUAGGUGAUCGAGAUGCAGCGGAGUCCAUUGCCAAGCUGCAAGGGAAAUGCAAUCUAUUCAAAAA